CUCACAAGUAUUUAAAAUAAUUUCUGAACGUUUUAAUGAAUGUGUUAAAGUGAACGAGGCUCACGCGCGGGGAGAGGGGGGUACGGCGUGAUGACGCGCACACACUGCGCUAGUUACGCAGCUCUCCGUAGCGACGUAAACACGUGCACUUCGCUGCUUCCAGGAUAAAUCUUUCUCAUUCCACCGUCAUCCUCGCCCUGUAGCUUCACUCCCUGACAACAGCAGCGAUGACGGAGCCCGUAGCAUCGGAUGCGGCGGCAUCCCCGACCCCGGGCCUCUCUCCCUUAGCGAGCCCGGGCUCGGAGCCUCCGUCCACGGCGCUGUCUCCCACAGCGGACGGCUCGCAGCGACUGCUCUUCUCCCACGACCUGGUCUCCGGCCGGUACCGCGGCUCAGUCCGGUUUGGCCUCGUACGGAUGAUCCACGGCGAGGAGGAUUUUAACUCGGACUCGGACCUCGACGAUGGCGGAGGGAGAGGCGGUGGAGGAGGAGGCGGCGGCGGCGGCGGUGGUGGUGGUGGUGGUGGUGGAGGAGGAGAAGGGCGAGUCCAGUGUGGUUCGGACACAGAGAGCGCCGCGGACACCCCCAGUCGGCCCGUCAGUCGGGGAUUUGUGCGCGUCCAGUGGUACCCUGAAGGAGGAAAGCAGGACAUCAAGGAGACAAAGCUGAAACUUGAAGAUCGAUCCAUCGUCAUUAGAGACAUUGUGCGAAGAAAUAACUCUAAUGACAACCAGUGUGGUAUUGUGACCAACAUUGAUAUCGAGUGUGCGGUGAAACUGGUGGGAACAAACUGUGUUUUGUAUCCAGUUAACAGCAAAGACCUGCAGCACAUCUGGUCUUUCAUGUACGGCGACUACAUUGCCUAUGACUUCUGGCUGGGGAAAGUGUACGACCUGACUAAUCACAUCAUCCUCAAGCUCUCCAACGGUGCCAGGUGCUCCAUGAGCGUGGAGGACGGCGCCAAGCUUUACGACGUCUGUCCGCACGUCAGCGAUUCGGGUCUGUUCUUUGACGAGGCGUACGGUUUCUACCCAGGCCAGGUCCUGAUCGGUCCGGCCAAGGUCUUCACUAACGUCCAGUGGCUGUCGGGGGUCAAACCCGUCCUCAGCAGGAAGUGCAAGUUCAGGGUGGUGGUAGAGGAGGUGAAAGUGGUUGAACUAAAGGUGACGUGGAUCACAAAGAGCUUCUCUCCCAAAGGUUCGGACAGCGUGUAUCCCCCAGCCUCCACCAUCACACAGGAAAACCUCUGCAGGGUGAAGCGUCUAGGAUACUACGACCACACCCAGAGGCAGCUGGGGGAGAGGGCCCUGUAUAUUUUCCCUGCCAAGGGCGAUGCCACGCGCAUCACUUGCGAAGGCCCGGAGGGUGCGCCCGUCCUGCCUGAAGACCCCGUGGCCAGAAAGUUGAAAAGGAUGUUCAAGAAGGAUUUGGGGAAAAAGACGGAGAGCGCCGCCGACGCACAAGGGGACAACAGAUCGGAGCAGACGGACUCUUCUCAUCCCAACAACAACAACAACGGUCCCGCCCAGAACCCCAACGAGCCCUCGGCUGAACACGGGGAGCCGGACGCCGACGACGAGGCGGCAGACGACACUGACGACACCAGCUCGCUGACGUCAUCGGCCAGCUCCACGGCCUCCUCUCAGAGCGGAGGUCUGGGAAUCAACCGCAAGAAGAGCAUCCCGCUUUCCAUCCGCAAUCUGAAGAGGAAGCACAAGAAGAAGAGGACCAAGUUCUCCCGCGAGUUCAAGCCUGGAGACCGCGUGGCAGUGGAAGUCGUGUCGACAAAGACCACAGCUGAUGUGAUGUGGAAGGACGGGCGGGUGGAGAAGGGCAUUCGAUCAAACAACCUCACCCCAAUCCAGCACCUUGAUAGCCAUGAGUUUUGUCCCGGGGACUUUGUAGUGGACAAACGACCCCAAGCCCUCCAGGACCCGGGAGUGUAUGGUGUGAUCCAGUCUGGAGACCACAAAGGAAGAACUUGUGUUGUCAAGUGGAUCAAACUCAACUCUGCCAGUGACGACGUUGAGGUUUUCGGUAUGGAGGAGGAUGUCAGCGUGUACGACAUCGCAGAUCACCCCGACUUCCACUUCCGCACCACAGACAUAGUCAUCAAAAUAUGGAACACUGAGAACGGACACAAUGACUGUGAAAACGAGACGUCAGUCGGUCAGGUGUCCAGGGUGGACGUGAGCAGCAAAGUGGAGGUGGUGUGGGCGGAUAAUUCCAUGACAAUCGUCCUGCCACAGCACCUCUACAAUGUGGAGUCCGAGAUCGAGGAGACCGACUACGACUCUGUGGAGGAGACGAGCAGCGUCCUGUCCACUGAGGAGUGGGAGGACGAGAGCGACAGCUGGGAGACGGACAACGGCCUCACCACCGAGGACGACGUCCACAAUGCCGAUGAGACGGCGACCCUGACCCCGACCCCGACCCCCACGGGCAACAGGACGUUUACCAUCCCAUCCCAAGAGGACGGGGAAGCUGGGGUUACCAGCCCCACUAAAGGAGGCCUUGCAGAGGAUGGAGAAGCAUCUAUGGCCGCUGCUAGCCCUGCUUCUGGAGGAGGAACCACUCCAGGAGCAGUCAAUGGCGCAGAGAAGCCCAGUAAAGAUGGUGCCUCGCGGGGCUUCAAGGAGUUGAAAGAGGCACUGAAGAUCCUGGAGAGCCUAAAGAACAUGACCGUGGAGCAGCUCUGGACCGGCGGUUCUCCGACCUCCCCGACCUCCAUCGAACCCACCUCGGCGACAAACGUAGCGAGCUCGGCGACGCCCACGGCCCCGGAGAAACCGACAAAGGAGAAACGCUUCCUGGAUGACAUCAAGAAGCUGCAGGAGAACCUGAGGAAGACCCUGGACAACGUGGCCAUCGUGGAGGAGGAAAAGAUGGAGGCAGUGGUGGAGGCAGGGGUCAGUGGAGGGGCAGCGACAGAGGUAGAGCGAGCCGGCGAGGAGAAGCACCCGCAGGAGCCGCAGACACCGGUUGGUGGGCAAGAGUGGCCCAGUGAGUUUCUCAGCGACACGCCAGUACUUUGCCAACAGACUGGUGGCAAGCCCGGCGUCACCUUCACCAGCGCAAAGGGAGAGGUGUUCUCUGUGCUGGAGUGGGCUCCAGACACGCACUCUUUUAAGAAAAUGGAGUUCCAGCCAGCGGAGGCAAAGAAGUUCUUCAGCACAGUGAGGAAGGAAAUGGCUCUACUCGCAACCUCUCUGCCGGACGGCAUCAUGGUCAAAACAUUUGAGGACCGCAUGGACCUGUUCUCGGCUCAGAUCAAAGGGCCGACUCGUACGCCCUACGAGGACGGCCUCUUCCUAUUUGACAUCCAGCUGCCCAACAUCUACCCGUCCGUGCCGCCCCUGUUCCGCUACCUGUCGCAGUGCAGCGGCCGCCUCAAUCCCAACCUCUACGACAACGGCAAGGUCUGCGUCAGCCUGCUGGGCACCUGGAUCGGCAAGGGCAAUGAGAGAUGGACCAGCAAGUCCAGUCUGCUGCAAGUCCUCAUCUCCAUACAAGGCCUUAUCCUCGUCAACGAGCCGUACUAUAACGAGGCGGGCUUCGACAGCGACCGCGGCCUACAGGAAGGCUACGAGAACAGCCGCUGCUACAACGAGAUGGCCCUGAUCAAGAUGGUCCAGUCCAUGACGCUGCUCCUCCAGAACCCCGUGGAGGUCUUCAAGCAGGAGAUCCAGGAGCACUUUGCCUCCAGCGGCUGGCGGCUCGUCCACCGCCUGGAGGCGUGGCUGGAGCUGAACGAGGGCGCCGAGCGCUGCCAGGCGGCGCACGCGUCCUCCCGGUCUCAUCACACGAGGGACCGGGCCUCUGCCGUGGACCCUCUGGACGAGCAGGGACUCGUGGCGGUGGCUCACAGCAGCCCCGCUAAGCCCGGGGAGGACGGGGUCACGGGAGUUAGCAGUAUUAUGGAGGAGGAGCUGGAGGACUCAGGGCUGAGUCCCUCCACCACGGCGGUCUCUCAGCCAGAGCUGAGCCAGAACUCUGACUGCGACAGCACCCAGGGGAGCGCCUCGCUGGGUGGCGAGAACAGAGGCGGAGGCUCUGUGGCGCGCGGCGGGCUGCCAGAAUCGGGUUCGGUCGUGGUGAGCGCGGGAGGGGCGGGCCCCACGGGGAGCCAGCCGGUGGUGCGACCAAAGAAGCGGAGAAAGAGCUACCGCAGCUUCCUGCCAGAGGGCGGCGGCUACCCGGACAUCGGCUUCCCGCUCUUCCCACUGUCGAAGGGGUUUGUGAAGAGCGUCCGGGGCGUGCUGCUGCAGUACCGGGCCGCGCUGGCCGCCGCUGCCAUCCCCGAUCACGCGGAGGACAAUGUCUCUGCAGAUGAGUGGGAUGAAUAGAGUGGGUGGGGGUGGGUGGACCUCACUUGCGCUCCCCCAUUUGCACAAACGUACGGGAGCUACGUGGUCACACAGGAAGCCCUCAUCUGUUCACGGACGCAGGAAACAGACAUUUUUACCCGAGGCCAUCACAGGCUCGCUCUCUCUCUGCCUCGGCAGGGCUUUGAUUUUAGGGGAGAUGGUGUGGAUGGAAAAAAAAACUGAAAAAAAUGCCUCCAGCAGCACCCACCACCGGGGGG